GCUGCAGUAUUGCAGUAUGCUCGGAAAACCAAAGAGCAUGUGUGUGCACGAGCCAGAAGUGUGAGCGUGUAUCGAACGCACACAUUUUGGUCUGCAAUGACAAGGGCUUUUGUUAUGAUUAUGUUCUGACUCCGCCCCUCAUUUUCCAUUGUUUGUUUUCCGAAUGUGUGUCAUCGUUUUCAACUGUCCAUCUUUAACCGAUGAUUACAUUUGUCAUAUAAACCCCUCGUGUCUCUGUGCAAAUUGCUCAGUAUUGAGUUUACUCAUUACCAAGCGGUUGUUCUUUGUUCAAGUUUUAUUUCAUGUUCAUUGACCUCGUUUUUCUUUUCUGAUUCUAGCUUCACCCUAUUUAAGCCUGUUUGUAGAUCACCUGACCUAUUACCUGUUUUGACCAUGCUUCUGGAUUUGUCUGCCUGUCGCUCGUAAUUAAAGUCUUUUACUGCACUUGCAUCCGUCCUCAACUCCAUUAUGUACCGAUACGUGACAACCCCCUGCUGGACUUUUUUUCAACACUUCCUGAAGUGAAGUCUUUUAACACCAUUGUCUUUUACAUGCUGUUUUUUAUCUAAACGAAACCACAGACACCAACACUUCUGCUUACUUUAUCUAGAGCCUACAACCAGAUACACAACAGUAUCUAACAAUGCAGCAGCUCAACUCAUCAAACAGCUCUCUCACCGCUCCUGUCUCAACUGAAAACCUGAUUGCCAGUAGUGUAAUGGCAGUUUGCUUCAUCCUGGGAGUUCCUGCUAACAUAGCAGUAAUGGUACGUCUUGCUGGAUGGCUGAAGGGAGGCAGCUUCACUCCGAGACUGAUGCUAAGCCUGGCCAUAUCAGACCUGCUCACUCUGCUUUCUCUGCCGGUUUGGAUUUGGACUCUUUUGCAUGGCUGGGUCUUUAGCUUAUUCCUGUGUAAGAUUCUCUCCUACUUGGUGUACUUCGGCCUCUACUGUAGCACACUGUGUGUGAUGUUGAUGAGUAUACAGCGAUACAUACAAGUGCUACAUCCUCAGGAAUGGAAGAAGCUUGGCAGAAAAGGAAAGAAGAUCCUUGUGAGUGGGAUGUGGAUUUUAAGUGGAGUAUUAUCAUCCUAUGCUCUUGUACAGCGCAAUCUAAGCAAAGACAGUGAAGGACUGCUUCAUUGCAAGAGAUGCUAUCGGAAUGAUGUUGAAAGAGUGGCUACUUUAAUCUGGGAGAUUAUACUGUUUGUGAUUUUGUUCCUCACACUGAGUUACUUUUACUUUCAGCUUUACCGGGGAGUUAAUAAGUCAGCUUUCUUUAGCAGUAACUUAAUGACAAGGCUGGUGACCAGAAUUGUGGCAUGUUUCUUUAUUCUUUGGGUUCCGAUUCAAAUCUCCAACAUUGUGCUCAUCAUUGCUGUGUUGCUUGGGAAUGGCAGUCUGUUAAAAUCUGCAGACUCUGGAGACAACAUUGCUAUAGCUCUGACUUUUAUUAACAGUUGUGUGAACCCCUUCCUGUAUGCCUUCUCCGCUCGGAGUCUACAUCAGCAAACAGCUGGAAUAGAAAAUGCUUAGUUCGUGUUGGUUUGAGAGAUUUGAUAUAUUCUCUCUAACAGCCAGUGAUAACCAUUGCAUUUAAAAGCAGACACUCUAUCAGUUCUGACUAACUGCAGAAACUCAGCUUGUCUGAGUUGGUCAUCUAAUUUCUACAAAUCCACCAGCGAUUCCAUUCUCAUCACAUCCAUCACUGUGGGAUUUGGCUUUGACCUCAUCUUCACAAAGAAUAGACUACAGCAAAUACACUAAAAGUCUAAGUAGUCAAAGUGCUGCAUCAUACCUCCAAAAUGAAUGCAUGAAGAAAUGCUGUAAUUUCCUGAAGUGUAUCUUUGACAUCAUGCUAUUUUUUAAAAAUCUAAUCUGGAAACCACAGACAGCAACACUUCUGCUUACUUUGUUAUCUAGAGCCUACCCCCAGGUACCACAGCAUCUAACAAUGCAGCAGCUCAACUCAUCAAACAGCUCUCUCACCGCUCCUGUCUCAACUGAAAACCUGAUUGCCAGUUGUGUACUAGCAGUUUGGAUUUGGACUCUUCUACAUAUCUGGGUCUUUGGCUUGUGCCUUUUCUUGCAAGAAAACCACAGAACUUCACACUUCCUUUUUCUAGUCAGCUUUAAAAUGAAAGAAGAAAAGUGCCCCUUUGAAUGCAGCAACCCACAUCCACUUUCUAUUCCUUUUGGUAAUAUUAAACUUUGUGUAUCUUUUAUACAGUGCAUGUAAUCAUGUAACCUGUUUUUUGAAAUUUAUUUUUAAUUAAUUUAUUAAUUAAUUUUUACCUAUAAGUGGCCUUAAUCUUACUUCAAAGUAAAUAAUGAUGUCCUCAGACUAUAAUCUAGGAAGAUGAGAGAUGUUAAGUUUUAAGUCAACUGAUUUGUUAAUAUACUGAUAUUAUAAAUGUAUAAUAAACGUGAUUUGUAUGAAAGUAUGUAAUGUUAUUUGUGAUACAAUUGAGAAACAAUGAUAAACAAAUCUACCUUAUUUCUUUCCUUUAUCAUUUUGCCCUUACUUUGUUGCUUCUUCUGUUUAUUCAUAUGUUCUUUUCUUAAUCCCUUGUCCUUCUUUCCUUCAUUCUUUGUUCCCUUCAUCUUUCUCUUCUUCUGACCUUUUCCCUUUCUGUUUCUCUUCUUUUCUUCUUUUUUCCUUGACCAUCCUACCUUUCUUCCUUCCAUUCAGUCUGACAGAUAGUUAAUUGAUUCAGCUCCAUCUCAUUUUACAUUCUCUGUAUUGUAUCUCUAAGAGCUGAUGAUGUUCUCUGUCUACUCGAAUAUAUCUAGAGUACAGCUAGGAAAAUAAUCUGAUAUAAUUUCAUCAGAGGUUUUCAUCAUGGAC